CCGACCCAUGUCGUGCAUGUCAAACUUCCUGCCUCGGCUCGGCUGUUGAUGGGGUAGACAUUCAAGUCAGGUCCCUCCAUCAAGACAACUCAAAACAAUAGCGAUCGGCCUCACAUGUGCGAACAUUGCCAUUUUUCCCACCUGGAUAUGGCACCGAGACUAUUGUUGUCCUUGAAAACACCAAGUUGAUGAAAGCCAUUCAUUACCAGCCUUUCUUGCAAACCACAGCCAGUCUCUCCCCAACCGAGAAGAUCCGAUGACGAGCUCAAACUCAACCUUCGCUCAGGCGCAAGCCCGCCUCGCCGCCCGCCGACAAGAGCGCGAAACCGAAGCCAGAGCCCGAGUCGCAGCGGCACAGUCCGCAUCUCGCUUGCGUACACAACUAGCCACAUCCUCAUCGCCGCUGCUGCGCGGUUUUGGCAGCUCGGCGCUCGCAUUCUGGGACGCUGCCACAUCUCGCGAAGGCACCAGGCCGGCUUUCCGCGUGGGCCAGGUCGACGCCGAGUUACUGGACGAAGAGCUCCUGGGCCAACUGCGUUCACAGGUCAGCGAGGGCCUGCGAUAUCUUGGCGGCGGCGGUGGUGGCAGCAGGUUGGGAGACGACUGGGCUCCCGAGAUACUGCUAGCCCUGCGCGCGGUGCUAUUUAAGCUUACGAUAUGGGACCACGACGCGACCUACGGCGCUGCGCUGCAGAACUUGAAGUACACAGACGCGAGGAAUACAGGCUCGGUUCCAGUGCCACCAUCCCGACUGCAAAAGGCCCUCUACGGCACUGUGACUGUUUGCGGCAAAUAUGUGUGGACUAAGUGGGAAGACUGGCUCAUCGAUCAAGACAACGGUGCUUACGACAGCCAGCAAGCAAGACCAGUUGUACAGCGGCUGUCUCGGUUGACAGAACUGGCUUCUAACAUACAUGCAGCGGGUGCCCUUGUGUCAUUCAUGGCUUUUCUUAUCAAUGGGCGAUAUCGGACGUUGCUGGAUAGAAUACUACGGAUGCGGCUUGCGCCACCUACAAGUCAGGUCAGCCGUGAGGUUUCGUUCGAAUAUCUCAACCGGCAACUAGUGUGGCACGCCUUUACCGAGUUUCUGCUAUUUGUCCUUCCCCUCGUCGGCAUAAAUCGGUGGCGCAAGUGGAUCACACGGACCUGGCGGCGCACCAAGGAUGCCAUCACCGCAGGCACAGGUGGCGAGGGCGAGGAAGGCGGCGAGAAGAAGGGCGAGUUUGCGUUCCUGCCAGAGCGCACGUGCGCCAUUUGCUACCAGGACCAGAACUCGGGUGCUAAUACCGAGGAAGAGAUACUUGCGGCAGCGGCAGCAUCAAGCGGCGUGAUCGGCUCCGCCCAAACAGACAUCACAAAUCCAUACGAGACACUACCAUGCGGUUGUAUAUACUGCUUCGUAUGCCUGGCCACGCGCCUGGAACGAGAGGAAGGUGACGGCUGGGUCUGUCUCCGAUGCGGAGAGAUUGUCAAAGAGUGCAAGCCCUGGAGUGGGGACGUGCUGGAGCCGAAAUCAUCAAACAAAAGAUCACCAGGUGCAAAGGCAGUUACCUUUGUAGACGAUGUGGUUGUGGUAGACGACAUGCCAAGAGACACAAUGUCUGUCUCUGACAAGGUUGAUGCGUCAGAAGAAACCGGACCAAGGAGUGGAGAGGAGGCCAGAUAUCGCGAAAGCGACAGCAGCUCGGAUGAUGGAGGCUCAGAGGCCUAUGAAGAGGAGGAAGAUGAGCUGGGCGAAGACUUGCGCCAGUAGAGUAUAUCAUUUUGGAGGCGUGGCCUGUUGAUCAUGAAACAAUGCGCCAUGAUAGAGACUACAAGCCUAGGUGGCAUGCAUUUGGAUGUCCUCUAUCUCUGAAGGCAUAAAGAUCGGGUAGACAACCAUAACCAGGAGGCCAAUGUCCAUGUAAUGUAUCAUAAGAUGUAACAAAAGACGCUCGGUUCCGCCAGGCGGGGGACCAAAGCAAGAUAAUUGAGUUUCACGAUCGAAGAUAUCCCCCACAUUUACUGUCAAGAACUUGAAGAAAAAAG